AUGCUAACUACCCUCACAACAUCCAGUAAUUUAAAGAUAGAUGGAAAUUUGCAGAUUGAUUCACUUCCUUCCUCACUCCUUGUAUCAACACAACCUCAGCACCAUCAACAACAACAGGAUAAUUUAUCUAGCUAUAGCAUUACAGUGUGGAGAAAAUCCUCUCACGACUCUUCAUUUCACACCAAGAUUGUUGAGAGAAGAAAACAUGAGAGAAGAAACAAACUCAUCACUCGAAAAGAAAUGAUUAAAGUAUUGCACCUCUCUCAAAAUCAAGCAUGCAAAGUAUUGAAUUGUUCAUUGUCGACUCUCAAGAGAAGAUUCUACCAAUUGAAAGAUGAAAUUGGACUCGAUAGAUGGCCUCAAUACUUUAAAGAGGUGAGGCAUUUGCCAAUCUUUAAUCAAAUGUAUCCAAUGUCUCUUGAAUUCAUCCUCAAUGAUCCAAAUACAUGUCAACAAGAUGAAACCAUUAGUGAUCCAGAAGAGUUUGAUGAUACUUCUAAUUAG